AUGAUAAAAUUUUUUAAAAAUAAAAAGCAAUUGGAAUCAACAUCCAUCCCAGAAGACACUACUUCAACUCCAAUAUCGAUUCCUCCCAAUGAUAAAUUACCAAAAGAAGAAUUUGUAAAACUUCCGCUUGAUGAAUUGACUGUGUAUAAAGAAGCGUUAAAUUAUGUUGUAGCUCGUACAUCACCGAAUUCAGUUAAUGAUAUCGAAAUACUUUAUCCUAUUAAUGUACCAAAAGAAUUUGUCAAUCACCCAGAAUCGGAAAAGAUAGAAAUUAUUAAAGACCAUCAAAUCACAAAUAUAAACGAAUUAAGUGGGGAGGAAGAAGCAAUUUUACAUGCAAUAUAUUCAAAACAAGUCAUAAGACAAGAAGAUUCUCCAUUGUAUCAUUGUUUACUUAGACAAGUAUAUAAUGAUUUUAUAAUAGGAGAAGCGAAACGUAUUUCUUUGGUAGGGGAACCAUUGAUCAUUAUUCACACCCUUCAAAUGGAAACUGAAUUACGUAGAACGGGCACAUUUAGUAAUACUUGGCAUUUUGGUUUUGAAGGGAGAGAUUAUAGAUGGAAACCAACCUUAUUUGGUUCAAAGGAUUCUGAUUUAAUUUGUGAAUUAAUCGAAUAUGAUUUAUCUUUAGUUGGUAGUGGAAUUGGGAAAAAGAAGAAAAAAGAGGUUAUUGCUAGUUUGAAGAGAAAACAUGAGGAUUGGAAUAUGAUAGGUGAUUUAUGUAUUUUGAAAAAUGCUUGGCGGGAUGUUCGAGAUCACCGUUCUCUGGAAAUCGUUUUGGUUCUUUGUUGUUUAAUCAUGUUAGAUAUCAUUGAAUCCUAA